AGAUGUGACUGUUUAUGUAAAUCCCAAAAAGCUAACUGUCAUGAAAGCCAAAGAGCAGCUCAAGCUUCUGGAAGUGCUGGUUGGCAUUAUCCAUCAGACCAAAUGGAGCUGGAAAAGAGCUGGAAAGCAGAGCGAGGGAGAGAGACCCGUGGUCCACGGCCUGCUGCCAGGAGGAGCUGCUAUGAAGAGUGGGCAGGUGCUAAUUGAAAAUGAAGUAGAGAAGAAAGGGAGAUCUAAGAUGAAGAAGAGAAGAGAAGAGAAGAGAAGAGAAGAGAAGAGAAGAGAAGAGAAGAGAAGAGAAGAGAAGAGAAGAGAAGAGAAGAGAAGAGAAGAGAAAAGAAGAGAAGAGAAGAGAGAAGAAUGAAAGAAAACGACUUUUAAACUCCCUAGUAGAAAUGAAAGGUGUGGCUUACCCUCCUAAGCAAAGGAUCCACUUUGGAACUGGAAACCAAGGCCCUAGUCUGUAAAUCACAUACUCCUCUAACUCCUACUCUAUGUAUGUAUGUGUUCCCAUCAGGGAUGACUCAGAAUAAAGAGCUUCUUGUGACGUGAUUAGAAGUUAGUCUUAAGUCCCUUUCAUCUUCUUUCUUUAUACUUGGAAUUCUCUGUAAGUAAAACCCCAAAUGUUUAAAUUCAGUAUCAUGAAAAACUGGAAAUCAUGCUCUGCAAUGGGAAAACAUACUAAUAGCAACAAAACACUUGAUGUUUAUUUUAUAUGAUUUCUUAAAUGGAUCAGGGUUCAUUCAAAAAACCAAGAACAACAUAGUGUUUCACAAUAUACUUAUUUUUAUAUAGAUUUAUUUACUUAUUUGAAAGGCAGAGUUACAAAGAGAGAGAAGGAGAUAGAGAUAGAGAGAGAGAGAGAGAGAGAGAGAGAGAGAGAGAGAGAGAGAGAGAAAGGGAGAGAAAGAGAGAGGUCUUCCAUCCACUGGUUCUCUCCCCAAAUAGCAGCAAUGGGUGGCGCUAAGUUUGUCCAAAGCCAGCAGCCAGAAGAUUCUUCUGAGUCUCCCACGUGGGUGCAGGGGCCCAUGGACUUGGAUCAUCUUCCACUGCUUUCCCAGGCACAUUAUCAGGGAACGGGAUUGGAAGUGGAGCAGCCAAGACUCAAAAUGACACCCAUAUGGGACACCAGCACCAUAGGACGUGGCUUUAUCUGCUAUGUCACAUGCCAGUCCCACAAUAGAUUUCUUAAAAAUUGCACACACACUAAAUAAGCAUUUUUUAAAUAAAUAGGAAUUUUUAAGUUGCAUAACAGAAUGGCUCAAAGUAAGUAUUUGAAGCAUAUUAAUAUUAGAAAAAGGGGCUUUUUACAUUUUUAUUUUAUUUUUUUAAAGAUUUAUUUUAUUUAUUUGAAAGACAGAGAGAGGUAGAGACAGAGAAAGAGGUCUUUCAUCUGAUGGUUCACUCCCCAGAUGGCUGCAAUGGCCAGAGCUGCGCCGAUCCAAAGCCAGGAACCAGGAGCUUCCUCCAAGUUUCCCACGUAGGUUCAGGGGCCCGAGGACUUGGGUCAUCUUCCACUGCUUUCCCAGGCCAUAGCAGAGAGCUGGAUUGGAAGAGGAGCAGCCAGGACUAGAACCAGCGCCCAUAUGGGAUGCCUGAGCUUCAGGCCACUUUAACCCACUGGUUCUCUGGUAUAAAUUCCACUUGGUCCAGGUAGAUGGUCUUUUAAAGUGUCGUUGGAUUCAGUUAGCUAGUAUCUGAGGAUUUUUACAUCAAUGUUCAUCAGAGAUAUAGGUCUAUAUUUCUCUUUUCUUGUUGUGUCUUUUUCUGGUUUUGGAAUUUAGGUAAUGCUGCCAUCAUAAAAAGAAUUUGGAAGGAUUUUCUCACUUCCAAUUGCUUUGAAUAGAUUGAAGGGGUUUGAAAUUAGUUCUUUAAAAGUUUAGUGGAAUUCAGCAGUGAAGCCAUAUGGUCCUGAUAUUUUAUUUGUUGGAAAGAUCUUUAUUACUGACUUAAUCUCUGUCUUGGUUAUUAGUCUAUUUAGAUUUUCUGUGUCUUCAUGACUCAAUUUUGGUAGGAUGUAUGUGUGCAGAAAUACAUUCUUUUCUUCUAGAUUUUCCAACUUGUUGGCAUAAAGCUACUUGUUGUAAUUCUUGAUGAUUCUUUUUAUUUUUGUGGUAUCCUAUUGUAACAUCUCCUUUCUUUUUCAUCUCUGAUUUUAUUCAAUUGGGUCUUUUUAAUUUUUUUUUGGUUAGUUGGGCCAGUGGUGUUCA